AUGGGGCCCCCGGGCAAUAGGGGAUCAUGGGGGCCCCUGUGUCCUUGCCCAAAAAAAGCUUAUGAAAAAGGUACCAGGGGCAUCUCAUGGGGCCCCCUACUGACCCCCGGGCCCUCGGGCAGUCAGUCCGCCCGUCUGCUGCCAGGCUGGUCAGAGAGAUGGAUGGCAACAGGGGCGGACUGACAACUCAUGGGGGCCCCCGGGCAAUAGGGGAUCAUGGGGCCACUGUGUCCUUGCCCAAACUCAAAAAAGCCUAUGAAAAAGGUACCAGGGGCAUCUCAUGGGGCCCCCUACUGACCCCGGGCCCUCGGGCAGUGCCCGGGUUUCCAAAUGGUCAGUCCGCCCCU